CACUCCCACACUUACAUCACGCACCCACUUCCCUAGUUCCCUGUCGCUCUGAGUUAAACAUUUCCACCCGGAUGACGAUGCGAAUGGCUAGCUCGCUCACCCACGCUCGCCCUUUUAUCAGCUCCCCCACCGUCUAUUCUUCCCGGUUAGUCCCGCACCCGCCGGACCUCGUCAAGUGGAUCAGGAGAGAAGGUGGGUUCGUCCACCCGUCGCUGAGGAUAGCAAACUUAGAGAAAAAUGGGCUCGGGCUGGUUGUUUCUGAAGAUAUACCCAAAGGCUCUGGCCUUAUUUCCCUCCCAGAGAACCUCCCGCUUCAGUUUGGACUGGUGGAAUCUGAUACUACGAUUGCCAAACUGGCUCAACAAAUCCCUGAGGAGCUAUGGGCUAUGAAAUUGGGUUUGAAACUCCUGCAAGAAAGAGCUAGAAAAGGGUCCUUUUGGUGGCCAUACAUCUCUAAUCUUCCAGAGACCUAUGGUGUGCCUAUAUUCUUUCCUGGAGAAGAUAUAAAGAACUUGCAGUAUGCCCCUCUUCUUUAUCAGGUAAACAAGAGAUGUCGGUUUCUUCUAGAAUUCGAGAGAAUUGUAAAACAAGAGCUUGGUCAUGUAAAGCAAGACAAUCACCCUUUUGAAGACCAACAUGUGGAUUCAUCAGCACUUGGAUGGGCUAUGUCAGCCGUUUCAUCUCGUGCCUUCCGUUUGUAUGGUGGAAAAUGUCUCGAUGGGACCCAUAAAGAUGUUCCGAUGAUGCUCCCAUUAAUUGACAUGUGUAACCACAGCUUCAGUCCAAAUGCUGAAAUUGUACAGGAACAUGAAGCAGGUGAUGGAAAAAUGCUUGUAAAGGUGAUUGCUGCAGAAAACAUAAAACAAGGUGAUGAGUUAGAACUUAACUAUGGCUGUCUGAAUAAUGAUCUUUUUCUUCUUGAUUAUGGAUUUGUGAUACCCUCAAAUCCCUAUGACUGCAUUGAGCUUAAGUAUGAUGCUGCUCUUCUUGAUGCUGCAAGCAUGGCUGCUGGAGUUCAUUCCCCAAACUUCUCUUCACCAACCCCUUGGCAGCAAGAGAUUUUGUCCGACCUAAAUCUUGAUGGCGAAAAUUCCGAUCUGAAGUUUAGGCUUGGGGGUCCUGAACUCGUUGAGGGACGUAUGUUGGCUGCAUUAAGAGCAUUGCUAUCGAACGACAUGGAGUCGGUUCAAAAUCACAGUAUGGAUACACUCAAGUCACUGUCAGCCGAAUCACCCCUUGGAACAUCAAUCGAAGUUGUGGCUCUUCGUACCAUUGUGGCCUUGUGUGUGAUUGCUCUCGAACACUUUCCUACUAAAAUCAUGGAGGAUGAGUCGUUACUGAAACAAGACAUCUCCGCAACUACUGAUUUGGCUAUCCGGUUUAGAAUGCAGAAGAAGUUUGUGAUAAUAGAUGUAAUGCGGGAUCUUGCAAGGAGAAUGAAGUUGCUCCUCUCAAAAGAACCUGCAUCUGCUCAAAACUAGGUAUAUUAACACUGAAGCGAAAUGGGAUAUCAGUAGGAUCUUUCAGGCAGCAUGACUGCAUGUGCUUUUUUCUGGUUUUUAUUUGUAUGACGGGUUUGGACCGAUCCAGGUCUGAACGAUCCACUAUGUAAUCAUGACUUUUAUCAAGUUAGUGGUUUGGUAAUCAGCUGGACUGAACAGGGGACCAGGUUGCCUGCUUUCGGGUAGACCCGUUCUGCCCAAUUCAGUUCUGAUAACUUUACGUUUUGGUAAUCAAUAUUCUAGAGAUUAUAUGAAAAUGUAUUAAUAUUAAGGGUCAGAGUGUUUGGUGAAAAAGUAUUUCUUUUUGUACAAUGCUAAGGAAAAAUGAAAAACAAUUUUAAUGCCCUU